AUGAAGGAUGGGAAAGCGACAGGGGGGGAUGGAAUCCCUAAUGAGGUGUGGAAAUAUGGAGGAGAAGAGGUGCUGGAUUGGGCCUGGAGAUAUGUACAGAAUCUGGAGAGGAGAGGGGUGGUCGGAGGGUUGGAAGGAAGGGAUAAUAGCACCAAUAAAGAAAAAAGGAGAUGGGACAAGGGCAACGGAUUACAGAGGGGUGACACUAAUGCCCACGCUAUACAAGAUAUACGCGACGGUGCUGACGGAAAGGCUAAGGGAAGAGGUGGAAGAAAAGGGAAUACUACCGGUAAAUCAGACAGGAUUCAGGAGAGGGAUGGGGACGACGGACAAUAUAUACGUACUAAAUUAUUUGGUGAACAAGCAGAUAAAGAGGGGAGCGGAAAAAUGGUAGCCUUUUUCAUAGAUCUGAGGGCAGCAUUUGACUCAGUAGAUAGAGGAGUGCUGCUGGAAGCGAUGAGAAAAAGAGGGGUAAGAGAAGGGCUAAGGAAAAGGGUAAAAGAAAUACUGAAAGAGACGAGAAGCAGGGUGAGGACAGGCGACGGGAUAUCAGAACCAUUCUGGACAGUGAGAGGAGUGAGACAGGGGUGCCCAUUAAGUCCACUGCUGUAUAACAUACUGACAGCAGAUAUGGAAGAGAAGAUGAGUAAGAGUGGAGGAGGAGGAAUAAAGAUGGGAGGGAGGAAAAUAUACACACUGGCUUACGCGGACGAUGUGGUGGUACUGGCAGAAGAGGAAGCUGAUAUGAGAGCGCUGUUAGAGAGAUUAGAAAGGUACCUGGACGAGAAAAGACUGGAAACUGAACCAGGACAAAUAAAAAAUAAUGAGAUUCAGGAAAGGAGCAGGAAGAUGGAAAAAGAACGAGCUGGUGGUGGAAGAGAAAGAAAAUAG